AUGGCUCCCGUUACCACCAAGAAGUCUGGCCCCAAGGGCAAGCAGGCCAAGACCACCAAGAAGUUCAUUGUCAACGCUCAGCAGCCCGCUAGCGACAAGAUCUUCGACACCGCCGCCUUCGAGAAGUUCCUUCAGGACAAGAUCAAGGUCGACGGCCGCGUUGGCAACCUUGGUGACAACAUCAAGAUCCAGCAGGCUGGCGAGGGCAAGAUUGAGAUCAUUGCCCACAACGACCUGUCCGGCCGCUACAUCAAGUACCUGACCAAGAAGUUCCUCAAGAAGAUGCAGCUCCGUGACUGGCUCCGCGUCGUCUCCACUAGCAAGGGUGUCUACGAGCUCAAGUUCUUCAACGUUGUCAACGACGAGCAGGACGAGGAUGACGAGUAA